GCCACUCAUUUUUAUAUUCAUAUUCAUAUAUAUUAUUUUAUUUUCUCUUCUCAUCAUUUUCAUCUCCCUUCCAUUUUUUCUCCAGAAUUUCAAGAGAGAAUCAAUUCCUCAUCAUUGGAAUUGUUUACUCUCUCAAUUCUUUAGCUUCUCAUUCUCUUUCAAAAUUCAAUAUAUAGAAGUUUUUCUUAUUUUAUUUUUCUUGGUUAAUAUUUUUGUGAAAAAUUCUUAGACCCAUCAAAGUUUUGAGCCACAUUUUGCUGUAAAGAUCUUUGCUUUGUGCUUUGUCAAGUUAAAUUUUUAUUGGGUUGGAUUUGUUUUUAUUGAUUCUUCAUCCAAAAAGAAAAAGUUCAAUUUUUUGUUUUUUUCUCUCUCUUGUGAUGGUGUGGACUUGUGAAAUGCUGGGGUCAGAGGUUUCUGUAACAUGUUCUAGCAGCCUUUUGGUGAAUUGGGUCGGUUAAUUUUCUGUCAAGUUUUGUAGAGAAUCUGUUUUCUCAGAGAUCUAACUCUCUCUCUCUCUCUCUCAAAGUUCAUAUACCUCUUUUGUUUGCAUAGUUGUGAAAGUGAAAGAAGAUGAUGAGAAUGAGGAAUAAUCAUAAUCAUAGCAAUAAGACAAAUGGUGUUUCUUCACCAAUAAGCUCAGGUGGUUGCAGAACUGCUGAACCGGGUUCAAAUGAAUGGGAGAUGAGACCAGGUGGAAUGUUGGUUCAAACAAGAACUACUGCUUCAGAUCGAAACCCUGUUUUGGUUCCUACAAUUAGAGUUAGAGUCAAGUUUCGUUCAAUUUAUCAUGAACUCAACAUUAGUUCAAUAGCCUCAUUUGGGGAUUUGAAGAAAAUGUUGACAGGACCAACUGGAUUACAUCAUCAAGAUCAAAAGUUAUUUUACAAAGACAAAGAGAGGGAUUCUAAGGCUUUUCUUGAUAUAGUUGGUGUAAAGGACAAAUCAAAGCUAGUUCUAAUGGAAGAUCCUAUUAGUCAAGAGAAAAGGGCUUUGGAGAUAAGGAAGAAUGCUAAGAUGGAGAAAGCUGCAAAAUCUAUCUCACAAAUUAGCUUGGAAGUAGAUAGACUUGCCGGACGGGUAUCUGCCUUUGAAUCAAUAAUUAGCAAAGGUGGGAAAGUUGUGGAAUCAGAUGUGCUUGGUCUUAUUGAACUAUUGAUGAAUCAAUUGCUUAAAUUGGAUGGUAUAAUUGCUGAUGGAGAUGUCAAAUUGCAAAGGAAAAUGCAGGUAAGAAGAGUUCAAAAGUAUGUUGAAACAUUGGAUAUGCUAAAAGUCAAGAAUUCUAUCACAAAUGGCAAUGAUGUUCAAGCUCCAAAACAAUCUCCACAAAAGCAUUCAAAUGGGAAAAGAUUGGAACCAAUUCAAGAACAACCACAACAAAUUCAUUCAAAUGGAUAUCAUGGGUCAAUAGUACCAAUUCAAGAGCAACAACAAGAACAACCUAGGAACAACUCAAAGGAACUUUCAUUAGUAUUUGAAGAACAACAAAACCAACCCUCAGGAGUUGUAGUUACUACAAAAUGGGAAACAUUUGAUUCUACCCCACCAUUAAUCACAUUUCCAUCCACAUCCACAACUACUCCCUCAAUGGCCAAUAAUAAUAAUAAUAAUAAUGAUAAUAAGAAUAAUAAUUCAGAUCCUUCUAAGUUCAGUUGGGAAUUCUUUAUGUGAUAAAUUACCAUAUACCAUAUAUGUUUAAAAUUGUUUGGAUGUGAUUUGGGUUUGUAUUCCACUUGGAGUGUUAUAUGUUUUACAUUCUUUUGUGUAUUUAGAUUUGUUUAGCAACCCCUUAUAAUCUGUUUAUUUACAUGGGGAAUAAAUAGGGUUGCUAUCAUAUAAGUAUCAUAAAAAGUUACUUUUAUGUGAUUAUUAUGGUGUCAUAUGAAUUCAUUUACCAAA